AUGGCUCCCUUGGGACCGAGAAAGCUUGAUGUAGUCAACGCCAAAACUACUGAUAUAUUGGGACUGUUAAAUGUAUUGGAAUGGUCUCCGAGAGGGACAAAUGGUAUGUUCAACACAGGUGUCGAUCUUUCGAAUAUAGCAGCGGCAAGAAGUGCUAGGAAUCUUUGGGCGCAUGCACCGUUGCUGCAUAUAAGUAAUGCUGACAAAGUCAAUGCGUUUGCAUCUUUAACCUCGCUUCUUCAAGACCCACAAUUAAACGGUGACAAAGAUGUCCAAGACGCCAUAAAAGAGCUUAGUAGUUUGCCCCACACUGGUUUAGCGGUUAUUGAAGAAAAAGAAUUGGAAGUAAUCGCUCAGUUACAACGUGAACUUGGUCAGGAUAUCAACAUUUUGGAAAGUGAUAUGACUUUUUGGAAGGAUCAAGUGGAGGCAACCUUGGAGCAGAUUGAAGAUCUGAGGAAAAGGUUGGAUGAAUUUGUAACAAAGAACGAACUACACGACGCUCUGGAAAUUGCCAAGAAAGAAAUCAAAGAAGAGUUGAAAGUGUACAUCAACAGCCGGCUGGAAAAGGCUAAGUCAGAGUCACAGCAAAGGUUUUGUGACGGUAGGUCAGAGCUAAAGUUUAACCCAGUCUCUGAUCGAAUGAAGGAAGAACUUGUCGGUCGUUAG